CUUAGUGAUUCUUUCCUCCGUCCUCUGCUGGCACUGGCAGGGCCCCGGGACCUGAGGAUGUGCAUGUGGCUUCCUGACCCCAGCUAAUGAGAGGAAAUUCUGUCAUCAGGGCAUAGGAAGCUGGCGUUUCAGGCUGGGGCCGCUCCCUGAGUGGUGCUGGCCGGCCCUCCGGCUCCGUCUCAGCAGCCCUCUGGCCCCUGGCCGCCUGUGGACCCUGCCGAGAUGCCUUCUUUGGGCCGCUGGGGCCUGCCCACAGCCCUUCUCACCCUGCUCUGCUGCUCAGGUCCUGCCGAGAUAACUUUCGAGGUUGAUGUGUGGCCAGAGAAGCUGGCAGUUGAGACCAGCGGGUCGGGUAGAGUCAACUGCAGCACCACCUGUACCCAGCCUGAGUUGGGGGGUCUGGAGACCUCCCUGACUAAGCAGUUGGUGGACCAGCGGCCUCAGUGGCAGCAGUACUUGGUCUCAAAUAUCUCUCAGGAUGUAUCUCUCAUUUGCUACUUCUUCUGCGCUGGGAAUUCGCUGACAAAGACCGUCCACAUCAGUGUGUACCAACCUCCACAGCAGGUCACACUGAAGCUGCGGCCCAUCCGGGUGGCCCUGGGCACAGCCUUCACCGCUGAGUGCGGGGUGGCUGCUGUGAAGCCCCUUGAGGGCCUCACCCUCACGCUGCAACGUGGCCAAGAGACUCUGCAGAAUUGGACCUCCGUGGAGGCGGCACCUGCCCGCGGAGAAGGCUCAGUCACAUUCAACAGAACGGCUCAGGGAGGCAGCGGCCCCCUCACCUUCCGCUGCCAGGCCGCGCUGGACCUGCGGUCUAAAGGCGGGGACGUCAUCUACAGUGUCUCAGAGGCCCAGGUCCUCCAGGUCUAUGAACCCGUGCAGGACAGCCAGAUGGUCAUUAUUGUCACGGUCGUGUCGGUUCUGCUGUUCUUGUUUGUGACGUCCAUCCUGCUCUGCUUCAUCAUGAGCCACCGUAAGUGCCAGAGGCAGAGAGGCUACUACGGGGUGCUGGAGGCCUGGCGGAGGCUGCCCCAGGCCUUCCGGACGCAGCAUGUGUGAGCCACGUGGCCGCCACCACGGCGGUGCUGGGGUCUAGCCCAGCGGCUAGGGUCACCGUCCAGCCUGGCCCACAGACUGUAAAAGGAGCAUGGGACCCUGUGGAUGUUGGCUUCUCUAGCCUGAAUAUAGCGCCUGGACUCAACCUGGUGUCCUCCACACCUGCUCCUGGUGGCAGCUGGGACAGGGACCCGCAGGCCUGUACACCCAGCUUUGCAGAUACACAAAUCUAGGUCCGCAUGCCCUCCCUCCUGCCCGCUCCUUCUCAGGGGCCUUCCAGGGCCCCAGAUGACCUCCCUCAUGUAGCCUGCAUGACUAAGUGCUGCUAGGGCAGGGCAAGGAGACACCCUGGCCCGGAGAGGCCAGGGACAUUGUUCCCACCUGUUCCCCAGGGUCCUCUGGCCAAUCUUGGGAAGAAUGGGAGUAGCCCUGCCUCUCUGGUGGCCAAGGUCAGCUCCCUGGGUGGCUGGUGGGGUCCCAAACUGUUCCCUGACCAGGGAGCUGCACGGAGCUUGCAGGAGCAGCCCUUUCCUCUUGCCUCCUGCCCCACUCUUAACCCACAAGGUGACCCCACAGCCUCUGUCAUCCCAGAGACAGGGAUGGAGGUGGGCUAGGGCUGGUAGUACGGGAGCAUGGCCUGGUCUAGGCAGAGUAGGGCUGGGAGGGGGCUCUUCUGGACCACAGGCUGUGCUCAGAGGGUGUCCUUCAGGCAGGCCCCCACACUGAGGCGAGGGCUGUCGCAUGGAUGCACAGUAGCAGACAGCAGCGGACAGGCAACGACUCCAGGGCCGCUCUCAGGCCUGCUCUGGAGCUGGUGAGGACCCUGUGAGCCC